CGGGAGCCGCCGCGCGGGUCGCGGUCGCUGCCGCUGUCGCCGGCCGCCUCAGACGUCGGCACCUGAAGCUGUGGCAAGGAAAGCAACCCCUGGUUUCAUAAUUUCAAGAAGUUAUAGACCGGAGUAAAAUGCCUCUUAAGUCAGAGAAAGGAAGGACCCUGCAAUGUAUGCAACAUGCACUUGUCUCCAUUUUAGAAGAGUAGGAAACUGAGGGAUGGUGUCUUAUAGUACUUCUACCGCAAAGAACAAGAAGUAAUGCCUCUUACUUGCCUGUUUGUUGGCAAUGACAUGGAUAAAAGGCUGGCAUUUAUUUCUGUUCUAAUCAACUACUACAUAACUGUGAAUAGAAGCGAUGCAUAUUUGUUGGUCAGCAAAACCAAGGAACAAGAGCUAUGGCAUUUGAAAAAGUCUAUCUGAUUUCAGGGUAUUUUUUCCAGGUUUCAUCAUCAGGGACUUUCUGCCUUCCAUCUCGGCAACAAGGUGGCACCUUUUACCAUUUGAUAAAGAUUAAAGACAUGUUCUUUGGCCAACAACCAGAACGUAAAAUCUGCUGGAAGAGGGUCAGAGACCAUUUCAGUUGCAGCUGAGGAAAAUGAAGUUUCCGUUUUAUUUGAUGCCUUGCACAGGGGAGAGCACCAACUCUUGUAGCAACGUGUAAGUGGACAAAGAGAUUGAGUUUUGUGGAAUAAACACUCAUGGUUAUGGCGAGUGACCCAACGUGAUCAGAGGUGGCAAGAGCCGCAGAGGAACUCAUGACGGGCUAUACCAUGUUGCGGAAUGGGGGCGUGGGGAACGGAGGUCAGACCUGUAUGCUGCGCUGGUCCAACCGUAUCCGCCUCACGUGGCUCAGUUUUACGCUCUUCAUCAUCCUGGUUUUCUUCCCCCUCAUCGCUCACUAUUAUCUCACCACACUGGAUGAGGCUGAUGAAGCAGGCAAGAGGAUUUUUGGCCCGCGGGCUGGUAAUGAGCUCUGCGAGGUGAAGCAUGUGCUGGAUCUCUGUCGCAUCCGCGAGUCUGUGAGUGAAGAGCUCUUACAGCUGGAAGCCAAGCGGCAAGAGCUGAACAGUGAAAUCGCCAAGCUGAACCUGAAGAUUGAGGCCUGUAAGAAGAGUAUUGAGAAUGCCAAGCAGGACCUGCUGCAGCUCAAGAACGUCAUUAGCCAGACCGAACAUUCCUACAAGGAGCUGAUGGCCCAAAACCAGCCCAAGCUUUCUCUGCCCAUCCGAUUGCUGCCAGAGAAGGAUGAUACCGGCCUUCCCCCUCCAAAGGUCACGCGAGGGUGUCGGCUGCACAACUGUUUUGAUUAUUCUCGUUGCCCUCUCACCUCUGGUUUCCCAGUGUAUGUGUAUGACAGUGACCAGUUUGCCUUUGGCAGCUACCUGGAUCCUUUAGUCAAGCAGGCUUUUCAGGCUACAGCACGAACCAACGUAUAUGUUACAGAAAAUGCAGACAUUGCCUGCCUAUAUGUGAUAUUGGUGGGAGAAAUGCAGGAGCCUGUAGUCCUGCAGCCUGCUGACCUUGAGAAGCAGUUGUAUUCUCUUCCGCAUUGGCGGACAGAUGGACACAAUCAUGUCAUCAUUAGUCUGUCACGGAAAUCAGACACGCAGAAUUUACUGUAUAACAUCAGCACAGGCCGUGCCAUGGUGGCCCAGUCCACCUUUUAUGCUGCCCAGUACAGACCUGGCUUUGACUUGGUAGUAUCACCACUAGUCCAUGCCAUGUCAGAACCCAACUUCAUGGAAAUCCCACCACAGGUGCCCGUCAAGCGGAAAUAUCUCUUCACUUUCCAGGGUGAGAAGAUUGAGUCCCUGAGAUCCAGCCUUCAGGAGGCUCGCUCGUUUGAAGAAGAAAUGGAGGGUGACCCUCCAGCUGACUAUGAUGAUCGGAUCAUAGCCACGCUAAAGGCGGUCCAGGACAGUAAGCUAGAUCAGGUCCUUGUGGAAUUUACCUGCAAAAACCAGCCCAAGCCCAGUCUGCCUACUGAGUGGGCACUGUGUGGGGAGCGGGAGGACCGCUUAGAAUUACUGAAGCUCUCCACCUUUGCCCUCAUCAUUACUCCUGGGGACCCUCGCUUGGUUAUUUCAUCUGGGUGUGCAAUACGGCUCUUUGAAGCCCUGGAGGUCGGUGCUGUCCCGGUUGUGCUGGGGGAGCAGGUACAGCUUCCUUACCAAGACAUGCUGCAGUGGAAUGAGGCGGCCCUGGUGGUGCCCAAGCCACGGGUGACUGAGGUUCACUUCCUGUUACGAAGUCUCUCUGAUAGUGAUUUACUGGCUAUGAGGCGCCAAGGCCGGUUUCUCUGGGAGACUUACUUCUCCACUGCUGACAGUAUUUUUAACACUGUGCUGGCUAUGAUUCGGACUCGCAUACAGAUCCCAGCUGCUCCUAUCCGGGAAGAGGUAGCAGCUGAGAUUCCCCACCGUUCAGGCAAAGCUGCUGGAACUGACCCCAACAUGGCUGACAAUGGGGACCUGGACCUGGGGCCGGUAGAAACGGAGCCACCUUAUGCCUCACCCAAAUACCUCCGCAACUUCACUUUGACUGUCACUGACUUUUACCGCAGCUGGAACUCUGCUCCAGGGCCUUUCCAUCUUUUCCCCCACACUCCCUUUGACCCUGUGUUGCCCUCAGAGGCCAAAUUCUUGGGCUCAGGGACUGGAUUUCGGCCUAUUGGUGGUGGAGCUGGGGGUUCUGGCAAGGAGUUUCAGGCAGCGCUUGGAGGCAAUGUGCCACGAGAGCAGUUCACGGUAGUGAUGUUGACUUAUGAGCGAGAGGAAGUGCUUAUGAACUCCUUAGAGAGACUCAAUGGCCUUCCUUACCUGAACAAGGUAGUGGUGGUGUGGAAUUCUCCCAAGCUGCCAUCAGAGGACCUUCUGUGGCCUGACAUUGGCGUCCCCAUCAUGGUGGUCCGAACUGAGAAGAACAGUUUGAACAACCGAUUCUUGCCCUGGAAUGAAAUUGAGACAGAGGCUAUCCUGUCUAUUGACGAUGAUGCUCACCUUCGCCACGAUGAAAUCAUGUUUGGAUUUCGGGUUUGGAGAGAAGCUCGUGACCGCAUCGUGGGCUUUCCUGGCCGAUACCACGCUUGGGACAUCCCUCACCAGUCCUGGCUGUACAACUCCAACUACUCCUGUGAGCUGUCCAUGGUGCUGACAGGUGCUGCCUUCUUUCACAAGUAUUAUGCCUACCUGUAUUCUUAUGUGAUGCCCCAGGCCAUUCGAGAUAUGGUGGAUGAAUACAUCAACUGUGAGGACAUUGCCAUGAACUUCCUUGUCUCCCACAUCACUCGGAAACCCCCUAUCAAGGUGACCUCGCGGUGGACUUUCCGCUGCCCGGGAUGCCCCCAGGCCCUGUCACAUGAUGACUCCCACUUUCAUGAGCGGCACAAGUGUAUCAACUUUUUCGUCAAGGUGUAUGGUUACAUGCCCCUGCUGUACACCCAGUUCAGGGUGGACUCUGUGCUCUUCAAGACCCGCCUGCCCCACGACAAGACCAAGUGCUUCAAGUUCAUCUAGGGGCGUGGCAGGUUCUGCGGAGAAGAUGGGCAGAGUGAGGAGAUGGUUCCUAAGGUUCCCAGGCAUGGAAGGACCUUGGGCACAUCUGCUGGGUAGGUGGCCCAGUCCUGUGUUGCAAGAGGCAGCGGGAAGAAUGGAGAGGAAGUAGCUGCCUUUAUGUUGAAGUCAGCCACACUGGGCCUGGGCCCCCAGGCAGCAGCCCUGGGGUCCCACACGGGGCACUGACGAUAGCUUACACUGAGGACCAUGGCGACUCUGGGGAGUCGUGUAGUUCAUAAGCCCAGGACAGCUGCUUUGUGGUUUUUAGAUUCAGUAACAACUUUCAUUAUUUAAAGAGAAAGUUUCAGAUUGCCACUCAAGGUUUACUUCUGUGUGUGAGUGUGUAUACGUACGUGUGUGUGUUUACAUGCACACACACUCACAUACAUAUCUAUUUGGUAAGGGGAGUCCUAAAUUUUUCCCCGUCUCAGUGUGGCACCCACCAGGCUCCUUACACUCUGUAUUUUGGUGGCCAUGGAUCCUGGUGUUGUUACCUGGCUUAUGGGUAAAGGUCAGUUCCCUCGUCACCAAGAGAAUCUGUGCAAGAAACAAGAAAGGAUGAACAUGGCCAUCUGUGGGGAGGGGACCCUGGAGAAGAUAAGGCCUUCGGGCUCUUCCCUUGGCCUUCUCCUGGGCCUGUGGCCACCUGGAACCCCCACGCCCUUGUGCUGUAAGUCCUGGGGAGAUGGCACCACAGGGAUGGUGGCGCUGCCUUGGGCUGGGUUCAGUGGUUUUCGAGGCCAAGCUUGUCCUACUGUUGGUGCCAGCUCUCCCGUUGGCUCUCUUAUUGGAGAGAGAAGGUUGUGGAAGCCUGAAGACGGCACUCCCAAAUGGCGUCUUGUCCUGCACUCCUGUUAGAACACAUGUUGUGCUUUGGGCUCUGGGCUUUCCUCCAGUACUAUCUCCUGAGUCAGAACAGGGGCUGUGGCAGGCUGCGCCUCCGUGUGGUCUGCAGGGCUUAGCUUAGGCUCCCUUCAGCGGAGAACAAGUGGCCCUGAGGAUCCCACCCGGCUGGCCGGGAAGUCUUGCAGCAGGGCAGCUGCCGUGGGAGACGUAAACCCCUUGGUGAAAUUCACCUUCCCCCCCACCUUUGUCUAGACCUCCAGCCUGUGUGACCUAUGGUUUUUGGACCCCUGAUGCCAGGUUGGCCUUAGGUCCCCUCAAGGUUUGGGAUGUGCCAGUAAAAUGAGAGGCUGUGAUGCGCUAUGGAAGGUCAAGUCCAGUCUUGGAAUUGGACGCUCACACCCACGUUAUCACCGUCUGCUCCUUAUUCCAACUGCGGUUCCCUGGUUAAAACUGAACCAAGGAAACUCGAUGUGUGGGGUGGUCGUGGGGGAAUGAGGUGCGUGGUGGUGGCCUCGGUCAGGGAUGAACCGUGACUUCUGGUUUCCUGAGCCCACGCUGCUGCGGUGGAGCUGAGUACAGAAGGUUUCCAGCAGCUGAAGAGAAGCUCAGGUCUGUCCUGGUCGUGCACAUGCCUUAAGCCAGUCGUCUUCCCAGACCUUGGCACCCUGUGCUGCUUUUUCUGCUCUGACCUGCCUCAGCCACGGGGCUGCUCUUGGAGCGCCCGUUUUGAGGCGAGGCUCUUUGCUGUGGAUACUGCCCAGCUGUGGGGCUGGCCCAGCCUACGGGAGCGCUGCUCCUGGGCAGGCAGAGCCAGGGCUGCUCCCAGGGCUGUCUCUCCAGAUGCUCCCCCGGAGGCAACUGCCUGGGAAAUGCGACUGUGCUGCUCGGCAGCCAGCUAAAGGGGCCGGGCGCCCUGCCCUUCAUCUGGUGAUCCUUUCCCGACUUCGCGCGGAUUCUUUUUAGCAGUAGCCUUCCCUCAGGGGGAGCCAAAGAGUGGUGUUUUGAGCUAUAUAUGUGGCUGCUAUUGUUCCUUUUUAUAGUGAGGCACGUGUAAACUUCCUGGCACCUGGAGAGACGGGGUGCGGUCUGUGGUAGGACCCUCUUUGUGGAGCCAGAUUCUUGGGUCCCCGGAUGUUGCUGGCCCACCCACAAACAGCUGAGUGGUCUGAGGUUACGGACAGCACGGGGAGGUGCUGCAGUGAAGGCCGUGACGCCAGAGUGUCAGAUGAGGCCAGCACCCUCCGGACCCAGGAGGAGACACUAAACCUGAAGGACUCGCAGCAACAGGCGCCGGUGGACUCCAUGUGCUGCUCCCAAGUGCGAGGCAGGGGUGGCGUGGCACACUGUGGGGGUAGGUGCUCCUGAGAGCAGCUGCCAGUCUGCAGGGUGCGAUGGAGAGUCCCAGGGCCAUGCCUUCCAUGCUGCUCACUGUGUGCACCCCCCGAGCAGGGACUCCCCAACACAGGAAGGCAGCUGUGCAGGCCCCAGGGUCUGCUUGGCUCUCUGUAGGUCACAUCUCAUUACUGCUCUCAGCAUCCAGGGCCUAGGAUUGGCCAGUGCGCCCUUCACUGUGAAGGCCAUUCCCCUAGGUGACAGCCUCCCCAGGAUGCCCCUCAUGCUGGGUUUCGCCCCCUGGCGGGGCUUCUCUGCUCUGUACUCACGCCAGGGCUCCCUGACUGGUGGGGUCGUGGCCAGAUGUGGGGAGCAGUCUUUGCAGUAGCUGCCUGGGAGUAUGCAUGGGGAGCUGCCGGGCUGAGGGUGGUAUUUUGAAGGGGGAAGCUCCGUGAUGUCCAUGCCGUGCCCAGCCAGCCCAACGCCAUCCAAUCAUGAGCACAAUGGUCUUAUGUUGGAUUUUUGUAUUAAAACAAAAAAACCCAAAAAUAAAUGGAGACUUUAACUCAAGCAGUUUGGAGGUGUUUUGUGGUAUUCCUCAGCAGACAGCAGAGUGCCCUCUGCUUCCAUCCUGCUCCUUCCUUUCCUGUUAGCAUCCUACACGAGCGUGACACAUUUGUAACUGAUG